AUGGGUUCGGCGCGGCUGACCACAUUUCUUGCUUCAAUAUGUAGUUUUUGCUGCAUUACACUGGUCAUUGUCACUCUGCCGCUAAUGCAUUUCCACUCCCAAAAAGUUACAUCGAUGUUGCUAGCUGAAGUGGAGUUUUGCAAGAUCGAAAGCCGUGAUAUUUGGAAGGAGAUGGCAACAACAGUCGGAAAAGUUCGAGCUAAAAAAGAAUCAACAUAUUCUGGUGCUGCAGAUUCUGCUAAUAACUUACCUCCGUUAGGUGGUUCUUGCUGUGCUUGCACGCAAGGUCCACCUGGUCCACCAGGUCCACCGGGGGAGGAUGGCGAACCAGGUAUUCCUGGUGAGUCUGGAGCUAGAGGACCGCGUGGAAGAGACGGUGUUUAUUUGCCAGCUCCACCACCUGGCACCAACUCUUGCCAAAAGUGUCCGCCAGGGCCACCAGGUCCACCCGGUUUACCAGGCACAAAGGGACAACGGGGUGACCCAGGAGAACCCGGUAUUUCUGGCAAACCGGGAGAAGCAAAUAGACAAGGUCCACCAGGACCGCCUGGGCCACGUGGAGAAACAGGACCUCCAGGGCCAAAAGGACCACCAGGAGAUCCCGGUAAAGUACUCAAUGGGGCUCCACCAGGACCUCCAGGUCCUCCAGGACGUAUUGGGGCGCGUGGGGCACCAGGUGGACGCGGUCAUGACGGUAAACCAGGCAUGCAGGGCAUUCAGGGAGUUAGAGGACCUGUUGGAGAAAGAGGUAAUCCUGGUAAUCUUGGAAUGCCAGGGCCACCAGGACCACCAGGACCUCAAGGAGAACAUGGAUCUUGCUCUCACUGUACGGGUAAGUUCUAUUUAUAA